CAUCCUAACCUGCCGGGUCGAUAAUAAAAAUGCCGUACACAGUCUGAUUAAAGUUAGAUUUAAUAGUUGUAUGUAGUUUUACUUUGAUCGAGGACUUCGCUCGUCAUUGGGCGUUUUUUAAUUGGUUAUUUGUACAAACAAAUAGCUCUAUUUUCAGUUGUGAGCAGUUAAUCAAAACAUGGCUCCAACCAUUCAGACACAAUCUCAACGAGAAGACGGCCACAGUCGGCCAUCCUCUCAUAGAACUGUGCCAGAGAGGUCAGGGGUUGUGUGUCGAGUGAAGUACUGCAACAGUCUGCCUGACAUCCCUUUUGACCCCAAGUUCAUCACAUAUCCAUUUGAUCAGCACAGGUUUGUACAGUAUAAAGCCACUUCUCUUGAGAAGCAGCACAAGCAUGAGCUCCUGACUGAGCCAGACCUCGGGGUCACCAUUGAUCUCAUCAACCCAGACACCUACCGCAUAGACCCAAAUAUACUGUUGGACCCUGCUGAUGAAAAACUGUUGGAAGAAGACAUCCAGGCUCCAUCCAGUUCAAAGAGGUCACAGCAGCAUGCCAAAGUGGUGCCGUGGAUGAGAAAGACAGAAUAUAUUUCUACAGAGUUCAACAGAUAUGGUGUUUCCAAUGAGAAAGUGGAAGUCAAGAUUGGUGUGUCUGUUAAACAGCAGUUCACAGAAGAAGAAAUCUACAAGGACAGAGACAGCCAGAUUUCUGCUAUUGAGAAAACGUUUGAGGAUGCACAAAAAUCCAUUGCACAGCACUACAGUAAACCCAGAGUUACUCCUGUGGAGGUACUACCAGUGUUCCCCGAUUUCAAGAUGUGGAUCAACCCAUGUGCUCAAGUCAUCUUUGACUCUGAUCCGGCACCUAAAGACAUAUCAGGACCAGCAGGAGUGGAAAUGAUGUCCCAGGCCAUGAUCAGAGGUAUGAUGGAUGAGGAAGGAAAUCAGUUUGUGGCCUACUUCCUGCCUAAUGAAGACACAAUUCGCAAGCGCAAGAGAGACUGUGAUGAAGGGAUGGAUUACAUGCCUGAGGAUCUGUAUGAUUACAAGAUAGCCAGGGAGUACAACUGGAAUGUCAAGAACAAAGCCAGCAAGGGUUAUGAAGAGAACUACUUCUUCAUCUUCAGAGACGGAGAUGGUGUUUACUACAAUGAGCUUGAGACAAGGGUGCGUCUCAGCAAGAGGAGAGCCAAGGCUGGAGCACAGUCUACUACAAACGCUGUGCUGGUGUGUAAGCACAGAGACAUGAACGAGAAGGAACUUGAAGCCCAGGAAGCUCGUAAAGCUCAGCUGGAGAACCAUGAGCCAGAAGAUGAAGAGGAAGACAUGGACUUGGAUAAGGACUUGCAGGAUUCUGGUGAUGAGAAAGAUAAGGGCAGCGGCAGUGAGGCAGAGAACUCCGGCAGUGAAUCUGAGAGGGAAGAGGAAGAGCAGGAACAAAGGGCAGAUGAAGAAGAAGAGGAUGAGGAUCGCGAGAAGCGGAGGAGGAAGCCAAGCGCCAGCGGAAGCGAGAGCGGCGAGGAGAGGACCAGAGAAAUGCGAGACGAGGAAGAGAUCUUCGGCAGCGACGACGACAGCGAGGACAACGAGGACAACGAGAACAACAAGAACUCAGCCAGGAGCAGCGGGGACGAGGGCAGCGGGAGCGAGGACGAAGGAGGGAACAGAGGAGGCAGCAGGAGUCGCAGCGCCUCUCCAGCACACAGCGACCGCAGCAGUGACCAUUCGGAGACCCGGGCUCAGAGUGGAAGUGGAAGUGAGAGAGGCUCAGAUUCCAGUGAUGCCAGUGACAGUGAAUAAGAUCUGUGGCUUGGACAGCAGGGUGAUGGCCAUCUUUCUUACCUGUAAGUUCCGCUCCAAACACGGCAGUGCUACCCUGUCACUGACCUUAAUAUUAGCGCAGGCCUGGGAAUUUAGUUUCUUGAUGAUUGCAUAUAAAAUGCAAAUUUGAGCUUGAGAUGCUCAUUGGUUUUGGACCGGCGACAUCUCUCUUCAACUCAGUUUUUAAUUGUAGAUUUCAUUCUCACAACAGUAGCUAUUUGUACACCAUUCCUCUGUUUUUGUUUGUCAGAUAUUCC